GGAAAAUGGGUACAUAUGGCAAGCUCAAGGCAAUCAACAUUGGGUUUUUAUGCUUCUCUGGGAUUUUUUUCUUGCCUCCAGUGACCUAGAGGUUUGUUAUUCGCAAGAUAUAAAACGUUCUAGGACAGAAAUAUUGGUUAUUUGGUCGUCACUUUACCACUAACCUCACAUCCUCAAUAUACCAUCGGCAUCCCACUAUUCAUCCCCACACCAGGCUAGAAUUCUCAAGCCCAAAACCCUUCACUCACUUUUCACCCGCACCUCAUGUCCAACCCACCCACUCAACCAUGUACCUGUUAACAAACGUAGACGAGCACCGCUACGCCGCCCCAGCGGGCGGUGAUGUUCCAUAUAUCAUUGACAUCUUCCCCCUCACUGCCGGCCUCGCCGCGAUAGCGACGGACCAGACGCUAUCGUUGUUUGAGCCCUCAGCCCUACACAGCAAGGGCGCUAUACGGACCUUGCGCACCCCCCACGCCAACAUCACCGUCGCCGCCCCCUUCGAUCAAGCCCAGUCGACCGUGUGCACGGCGGGGUCCGACGGGACCGUGGCUAUCUGGGACUUGAGGGUGGGUGCGGGUCAGGUUACGCGACAAAUAGGAACCGCUCCGACAAGUAUCGGUUCACUGGCGUGUUGCCCAGGUGCCAAUAUGGUUGCUGUUGGAACAGAAUAUGAGAACAACCAAGCUUCAAUUGUCAUCUGGGACAUCCGGACGCAGUCAGCCCCCGUGGUCCAAUAUAACGAAGUCCACAGCGACGACAUCACCGAGUUAAACUUCCACCCAGCCGACAACCACACGCUACUAUCUGGCUCAACCGACGGCCUCGUAAACGUCUACGACCUCCGGGUCACAGACGAGGACGAGGUGAUCAUCCAGACCCUGAACCACGGCGCCUCGGUCCACCACGCCGGGUUCCUGAACCGCACCGAGGUCUUUGCCCUCUCGCACGACGAGAAGCUCGCCUUCUUCGAUCUCGCAGAGGAGCAGGACAAAGGUGUCGCCACUGCCGACUUUGGAGAUAUGCGCCAGGUCGCCCAGUGCCAGUACAUCGCCAACGUGCUGCCCAAGUCCGAUCCGAGCGGUGCUUCUGGCGCCGUGUUGGGAGCCGGUCUGCUCGACCAGGAGAAAUUCGAACUGCUGUACUUGUCCAAGGAGGCAACCUGGAAUUUCGACACCAAUUCCUCUGUCGGGCUGCCCGGAGCUCAUGGCUCCGAAGUUGUGCGAGCAUUCCGUGUUUUCGAUGCAGAGCGUGCCGUCUUCACCGCAGGCGAGGAUGGCCGGAUCAAGGCUUGGAGACCGGGCUCAUAAUAGCAGCGCUGGUAGUAGACAGAAUAAACCCAGGGACAUGUUAGUAACAACUCGCACUGCCAAAGACGCCAUUCCCGACCACAAAACAACAAACCCCCCCCCCCCCCCCAAAAAAAACUGACGCUCUUCCCAUCCCUCAUCCGUACUUGUCGUGCUUGCUCUUGAUCUUGAGGUUGAGCAGCUUCUCAUGAUAAUCGCCCUCCCUCCUCGCCCUCUUCAGGAGCCUGACCUCGUCGUCCUCGAGCCGCCGGCCCACGGCCUCCUCCAACUCCCGACGGCUGAUCCUCUCUCUCGCCUUCUCCUCCUUGGAAACCUUGAUACGCGGCUUGAAGCGCGCCUGCAUUCGGAUGCGCAGCGUUGUCUCAAAGGUGAUGUCCGAAGCGUCACCGCGGACCUCGGGCGCGGCGGCCUUGGCCGACUUAGAAGAGGACGCAGAAGCGCCGGCGGCGCGGGCCUUGGGCUCCUUGACGGCGAUGAAGGUCUCGCGUAGCGUCUGCACCUGGAACGUGCCGGGGGUAUCUGGCGUCGCGAUGAGGACGAAGCAUUCUAGCGGGGAGACGGCGUCGGAGGUUGCUGAUAGUAUGCCCAUCUUGUCACACCCAAGAUACCUGCAAUAGAGAGAAAUAUGAGCCUCAAAGUCAGCUAAUUCACAGCUCGUUGCAAC